ACAGAGAGAUGCUCCCAGUUUGGAAGUGAGAGCUGGAGGGAAGACCUGGGAAGGCCAGUCUCUGGUCCAUGUACACCUUCUCAAAGAAACUUAGCACCGAGACUAACAUUCUUGGGAAACCAACCUGCAAGUGUUGUCCUCCACUGACAGAAAAACCAAAAUGUUGCUGCUCCACUGAGGACUGAACAAGAAGCCAUGAAAUCCCUGACUGCAGGAGACUUGGAAGACUGCCUUCUGGCUAAGGUGGAUGAGAGGCGCCAGCAGAUCUCCCAGAUUGUGGAGGAGGUGCAGAGGGUCGUCCACCACCUAACCACAGAAAUCAGCCACCAAGACAUUCGAUUCCAGGCUGUCCCUUACUCUGACACGUACAAUGGGAACAUCAAGGUUUUGGCCCCCAGCCAGUUCCUGGUCACCAUCCCAGUGAAGGGCCUGGCCGGGUACAGAGAGGCCAGGGAGCAACGCUGGCGUUACUACACGCUGCAGGGCACGAGACUGUCCUGCCCCUUGCAGGACCCGGAGGGCCUGCAGCAGUGGCUGGAGGUGGAGCAGUUUAUGAAGAGCCUGUGGCAGUGGCAUGAGGCGGAUGUGAACAUUGAGGGCGAUAUUGUGCCUGCCAAGGUCCUCCAGGUGUUCCGGAAGCUGGUAGAAAAUGCAAUUGGAACCUGUCAUCUUUCAGGUAAGGUCAGCAUGCUAACACACCACUCUGCAGUUUGGGUUGCCGUGGAAACAGCUACAGGGCAGGUGGAGCUAGAGCUGGUCCCCACUGUGGAGAUCCCUACUGCCUGGUCUGCGAAAGCUCGGUGGCCUCCCUGUCUGAGGCGCUGGCCUUCCCGACAGAGAGUGGAGUGCAUCAAGUCCUUUGGGUUUGCCUUGUUGGCCUGUUCCCAUUAUCACUGGCAGCUGAGUUUCCUGCAGGCUGAGCAGGUGCUGCUGGAGCAGCUGGACGAGGACGGGGGCUGCCGCAGGAAGUGUCUCCGGGCCCUGAGGCAGAUGAAGGAGGACGUCUGGUGUCCAGGAAGGAGGCCGGUCAUCACGUCCCACCAUUUGCAGACAGUGCUCUUUUGGACUUGUGAGAAGUACCCGCACCCGAAGGACUGGCGGGUCUUCAGCAAAGCCUUCCUGCGCCUGGUGAGGAAGCUGCACAAGUGUGUAAGCCAGCACUUUCUGAAGCACUAUUUCGUGCGAAAGAGCAACCUCCUUCGGUCUGCCAACUCAGGCGACCUGGACGCUGUGGCCCAGAGGUUGGCCCUCUUUCUGAAGAACCCCCAGAUCAGCCCGCCCUGAAGCUGCCCCUGCCUGGGAGGCCCUUGGACACUUGAUCCUGGCUUGACCUCAUUCUCCGUGGGCAGAAGCACCCUACAGCGUAGAAGAGUGCAAGGACCCAGGAGCGCCAAAGAGGGGAUCACUGUACCCCAAGAUGGCUGACCCAGGCCUCCGUGGAGCCAGGAUUUCGGCCCUCACUAGCUACCUCCCUUGGGGACAGCUGUCCGCAGGCUUCCCCGAGCCACUGAUUCUGAGCUGAUGACAGACUGCACUGAAUGGGUUCUGCCUUGCUUGGGCUCCAGUUAUCUAUGGAAGAGAACAGUGACAGGACCCGUUGGAAAGCCAGGCAUCAGCCUGUGGCCCAAGAGUGGGUCUCUAGCCCACUGGCAACGGUUCUUCUUGUUCCAUUUGUAAAAUGCAGCUGUGAAAAUGCCUUUGUCAGAGCAGGGCUGUGAGCCUGGGAGACCUGGGGUCCCCUUAGGAGAAAGACAGUGGAGCAACACAAAGUGUUAUUCUUUGGUUGGUAGCCAGUGUUUGCCUCUGGCUGGAUGGGUCCCAACACCACUCAUUGAAUGACUGCAUCUGAUGGCUUGGUGCGCCUGCUGCCCUCCUGUUCUCCUGAACUGUGUUUCGGGGCCUGUGGUUCUGUCUGCCUCUGGGCUGUCCUGCAAGUAGGGAGAAGGUGGUUUUGACAAGUAGUGUGGGUCAAAGAUGAAAGUGCAGCUCUGUUUGCCAGGGCUCCCGUUGCCUUGCGCCCCAAGCCAGGUGUUUUGGGAAUGCACUCAGAACAAUGACCUACAUGGAAGGAUUUGGUGUCAUCUCUCCACACCUGCCUUUGCUCACUUCAUUCACUGGGCGAUAAAUACGUGCUCAUCAGGCACCGGGAGUAUCACCAAGAAUGAAACGGUCGGAGGUCAGACCUGUUGGAGCUCAGCGCCUAAUGGAGACAAGAAGUGAAGGACAAAUACACAGACACAAUUAUUGCAAAUUGUAGCAAGUUGCCCUGAAGGAAACAAACAGAAUAUUGAAAUAGAGCCACAGAAAGCUCCUGGAAGGAUGAAAAUGCAAACAGCUAAAGGGGAAGGGAAGCGUGGCCAGGGCAGGCUGGGCAGGGCUGGAAGAAGAUCACGUGACAUCGCAAAGCUGGUCAGGAAUUUGUUAUUAAAGUCCUGACCUUUGGCCUCUCCCAGAGCAGUAGGGUAUUUUAAUCUGAUUUGCAUUUUGUUUAUUUGUUUAUGACUUGAAUUUGAAAUGCCCAUUCUGGGGACAGCAUAAAGGGGGCCGAGGGACCCGCAUGAGAGUCGAUGCACCAAAGGACAGUAAGCCCCCAUUCUGAAUUUCACUGUCGUCCACAGGGCCACACAUCCAGUGCAGCACAUGGGCAGGAACUCUGGGGGCUUGAGCAGGUCAUUGCUUUCUCCCUGCACUUACUUAUGCUUCUCAACUCAAGGGAAUCCUUUAUCCCUUAGAACAUGUUUCCCAAGUAUGGAACACUGAAAUUUCUAAAAGCAUGAACUACUGACUUUUUGAAAUUGAAUUUUUUUUUUUUUU